CUUGUGAAGAGCUCCGUGCAGGAACAACCUCCUGUGUGCCCUGUGCCAGAGGUAAUGCUCCUUCCCGCCCAUUGCCAUACCAAGCUGCUCUUUCCCCAGAUACUAUUUCUGUCUCUCUCUCUACCCCACACCCUGCACAGGCGGAGGCUCCCAAGCUCAUCAUGCCUGCUCUCAGACUGUUUCAACCUAUUUUUUAAAAAACAAACCUUUGCUUUCGGUGUAUGCUGCAGACUCAGCCUCUAACCCAUCCCCGUCCCUGCAGGUUGGCACUAGCUAGACGGGGGAGAGGGUGAGCUGCAGGCCUGGGGGAAGCGGGUCGGGUCUGUCCCUGCUCCCAUGGGUCUCUGCACGCAGAAGGCAGAAGAGCAGCUCACUGAAGCCUGCCACGGCUCGUCAGACUAGCCAGCAGGAAAGCUGUAGAGCAGCGGCUGCCAGCCAAGGUGGUGCCCGCGUGGGUACCUCCAGGCGAAGCUCCCCGCCUUUAGCCUGCGCCCAGCCUGGAAGUGUCCCUGCCUGUGGGCUGGCGCACACUCCCCAGCAGCUCUCCUCCAAACCCUCUCAAGUGCGAGCGUGGAGCAACCCUCUCCGUUGCCAGAUGGAGACGAGAGGAAGCCAACGGCGCCCCGGUGCUCCAGCUAGCAGCCCAUCCCGAGGAGCUGCACGGGUAUCCCUCACGGCUGGACGCCGCUGCAGAGUGAUGCUGCCCUCACUCCUCUGACCAGGAGCAGCCAGUCCCCAGGCCUGGACCAGGACACAAGCCCUGCCAGCCUCUCCGCUCUGCCUGUCACUGAACCGGCAGCCCGGGCUUAGGGGCAGCUGCCGCCGGGCUAGACCGCGAUCAGCGGGAAGGUAUCAACUGGAUAAACACAUCACUGAGGAGGGACAGACAUUUCCAUUUAAAUUCCCCCCUCUGAAUGGUAACCUCCUAAACUUGGGCAGCAAGCCCACCUCCACCAUGGCAGGGCAAGGAGCCCGGUGCCCCGCUCAGGCUAGGAAAUGCUCCACCUCCCUCGUGGUGCUUGGACCAGGGCUCAAAUUGCGCUGAUUCUUGCGGGGGUCUGCAAAAAAAGUUAAACUGGUUUAUUGAUUGACAAGUCCACCUAAGUGAAGGAGCAAUCUGAUCAGAGACCCCCCCACCACCACCGCCACCAGGUUAUGCUUUUCAAAUCCUACAGGAGGGCUCUCAUCUCUUAUGGAGGGGCUCAUCCCUUAAUUUGCACCCUGACCCGGACCAGGAAGGACGCCCGGGAAGACUCCACGUGGAAGCAGGCAGAUGCUGCAUGGGGGGGCUCAGCCCUGCUCUAAUCCAAGCUCCUGCAAUGGCAGAAAUCAGCGUUUGGCACUGUCAUCGCAGCGCGAAAACUUCCCGUCUGACCUGUCAUCUGACUGCCCCCAAACCGCACCUCGGGCUGUUCUAGAGAUGCCAGCUGCGUACCCCAGACCUGCCAGUGUGCCGCUUACUCCCCACCCUGCAGCACGUGUGGUUCGUGGUGCAGGCGAACAUCCAUUGCAACAACCCGGGCUGGAAGCCUCGGAGAUUUGCUGAAGCAUGUUCUCUAAUCGCACUUGUAAAACUUUUAUGAGAAAGCAAACAAACAGAGGAAUCCAGGCUCCGUCCAGCCAUGCAAAAAGCCACAGCGGGGGAUUGAAAGACAGUGAACAGAAGCCAGCAGGAGAUUGUGGUCCUCUGCCUCGGGCUCCAACUCUACCCACGGACAACUUGUUCUUGAACCUGAAAGUGCCCAGCAGCAAAACGGCCGGAGCAGAGCACAUCUCGUGUCACGACACCCACCUCUGGAUAGAGAGGUUUCCUUACAGAUGCCACCUCCUCCCUCGGCACUUGCACGAUCUUCUCUGGGCCAGCUCACAUGCCCGUCACCUCCCAGUGGCAGUGACAGCAACCGCUGACCUAGAAAAGCAAUAAUGUUAGGAAAGCACUACAUGGAUUCUAGCCUCUUUUGAGGGAUCUGAACAUCUGGAAGUAAGGAGGAAGAGCCAGUGCCAUGAGACUAGCUAGCUCUUCAAGGCCUGUCGGCCACUGCUGGGAGGGUCACAGACUGGAAACCUCCGUACCUCUCCGAGAAAGAGAUGGUCUUGCCAUGAAGGUGGGGAAUCAGGAGCUAUGGCCAUUUCCAUCUCGGACCUGGCUCACUCUAGGCAACAUCCAACAUCUGCAAAAUGGAGCCCUCAGAGGAUCAUCGAGUCCAGCCCCCUGCCCCAGCGGCAGGAAGUCAGCUGGGGUCAUAGGAUCCCAGCAAGAUAAGCAUCCAAAUGUUACUUGGGUUAAAUUCUGGAAUCAGGACAGGAUGGCCAAGAGCAGCAUAACCAAGAGCAGAGUUAGCUGGGUACCGGCAGCAGUACCACUGCAUCAGCGCUGCACUCUUCCCCGGCUAAUGCAGCCCUCCUCGCAGCAGGGCUGAGGCCACGUGCCUUGCAAUGCAGCCAGUUUGCUUCUGGCACCUUCAGAGCCGGCUCGGGGAUCUCCACAGCUGUGCAUUGAUAGACCCAAAUUGCCUAUAGGAGCCCACCAGGAAACCUGGGACAGAUACCAGCUGAGCUCGUCAGAAGUGGCUGGUGUUUCUGGGCAUCCCAGUUUGUGCACGCUCGACCUCAGAGGUCUUCCGCGGUUCCUAUAGUUGAGAAAGUGCCGAGCCCCCAGCUCCUCCCGAAGCCGGGCUCUUGAUCGUGGGACACGUAAACCCUGAGACAAAAAAGAUCACCGGUCACCUUUAGAAAUCUUGACCUUCCUGCCUCACCCAGAGCCCUUUCAAAGCUAUUUUCAGGCCCCAGCCUGAACAUUUCUGAUCUCUCCAGUACAAUGUACACUUUGAUCUGAUGAACGCCUCUGCUGCAUCCCGUCGGCCCCUUCACAGUCCCGUGGAUUUGCUCAGGACAAACGCUGCCGCUAUCAGUUAGCAAGUGCACUCCAAGGAUGCCGUCUGAAAGGCAUCCGCUUGCUCUCGUUGCUGGCAGCUCUGAUCACAUGGGCCGCGGCUAUCUUUAGCCAGAGGUCUUCAUAUUACAAGCGAGCGGUUCGGAGCGGCUGGGAAGGCACAGAAAGCUAUCAAACCAUCGAGAAAGAGAUAGGAAUUGCACUGGCUGCACGCUGGAAGGCGCCUUGGGUACCACUCCUGGCGUGCGGAUGCAUUACGAGGCACCGCCAAGUGCAUGCUUGCUGAGUCACCUCUCCGGCAGCCGGAGCAUGACUCAGCACCAGAGCGGGCCGACGUCUGCGGCGGAGAGAGUCCGGAUCAACGUGGAAGAGGCGUUUUUCGCCGUGGACAAGGCUCUGCUGGUGGAGCACAGCGACUACUUCUGCGCCCUCUUCCGCUCUGGCAUGAGGGAAAGCACGCAGGACGAAAUCCAGCUCCAGGACCUGAGUGCCAAGGGGUUCUUCAUCAUGCUCCAAGUCCUGGCUGGGGAGAGACCCAUGCUGAGCUGCGAGGAGAACUUCAAGGCGGUCGAAUGCGCGGCUUUUCUGCACGUGAAGCCGCUGGCCAAGUACCUGAUCAAUUCGAUCAACUCCGACAACUGCAUCAUCUUGUACCAAGCUGCCGCCAUUUUUGGCUUGCUGGACCUUUUCCACAGCGCCGCCCUGUAUAUCCGGGACAGCUACUCUGAGCUAGAGCAGUACUUGGACUGUCUUUCCCCCGACCUGCUGGACUACAUCGACUCUCUCGUGCCCAGCACGUUUGUCGCGGUGGGGGCACAUACGCCCACCUUUGAGUUCCUAGAGGACCUUUCGAGGACCAUUUGCUACCUGGACGAGGAGAACAACACGUGGAAGACGCUCUCCUGCUUACCGCUGGCGGCCAGCACGUUCCUAGCCGGCAUGGCGACACUGGAGAACAAGAUCUAUAUCGUGGGGGGCGUCUACGGGGCUAGCAAGCAAGUCGUAGACAGCAGCUUUUGCUACGACGCCGACACGAACAGCUGGAGCGAGUUCCCCAGCCCUAAGCAGCGCCGGUAUGACGCCACGCUGACGGGCCACGAAGGUUGCCUGUACGCCAUCGGAGGAGAGUACGAGAAGGUCUCGCUCAAAUCCGUGGAGAAAUACGACGUGUCCUCCAACACCUGGACUCUCCUGUCCGACCUGCCCCAGCCCACAGCCGGGGCCCCCUGCGCCCAGGCGAUGGGGAGGAUAUUUGUUUGCUUGUGGAAACCACUGGACACCACUAUCAUCUACGAGUACGAGACCCAGAAGGACGAGUGGCUUCCCAUCGCGGACCUGAAGAGGCCUCAGAGCUACGGUCACUGCAUGGUGGCCCACCGAGACAACCUCUACGUCAUGAGGAACGGGCCCUCGGACGACUUCUUGCGGUGCGUGAUAGACUGCUUCAACCUCAGCACCCGGCAGUGGGUGGCCUUACCCGGGCAGUUCGUCAACAGCAAGGGAGCGCUCUUCACGGCCGUGAUCAGAGGGGACACCGUGUACACCGUCAACAGGAUGCUCACCCUCCUCUACUCCAUCGAAGAGGGCAGCUGGCGGUUCAAGAAGGAGAAGGCCGGGUUCCCGAGGACUGGUUCCCUGCAGACCUUUCUGCUCAGGCUACCGAGGAGAGACCAUAGUAUUGCCACCUAGUCGCCGCCGUGCAGGGCACUCCGGCAUACGAGGGAGCUGAAUGAAAUGACAUCCCCUUCCGGAUCCUCAUCUCUGCCUUGCUUUCCAGCAGCUGCUGCUCUGGGGAGUCCCAGGUGCAAGGCUACAAGGACUCUGCUCUCACCUGCUGCGUUUGCCCUUCCAAGUAGCCGGAGCCAGGGCGAGGGGUGCAAUUCAGCUGCCUUGCCGGUGGUUGCCCUCUGCUCAUGGUCGCGGUGGAUCAAGACCUCUGUUCCAUGCAAAGCCCCCGGCGCUGUCUUCCGGACGCGGGGCUGGGAGAGUCGUUGGAGACCUGCAAAGGAAAGACACUUCAGAAAUGCAAAGUAAUACCAGCUCUCGUGUGUUUUGACUGAAUUCUGGAAACGUGCAUCAAACCACCGACCUAGCUUUGGGUGGGGGGAGCCGUCAGUGUAUCUUUGGAUUACGAGGAAAAGAGUUUUCAAUACAAAAAUCUUAAGCGUGUGUUAACGAUGGUUUCUUCUUUCAAGGACACUAAGCAGAGUGCCUGUCACACUGCACAGGCAUCGGGCGCGGGGGGCAGACUUUAGGCUCGUGCAGCUUCUAUGUCAAAAAUUAAAGAGA